CUACAUUAAAAUUUAUAAACGACAUCCAGUCACGAUACGAUCGAAACCGGUGCGCCCGUUUCCGAACAUCGUCGAAGUGUCAUCUUCCAAAGUUUAGGGCCGGCUGUCAAAAUUUUAAAAAAAAUGCUUGAAGAAAAGCGAAAAAAAACUUUUUUGGGAUUCGAUUUUAGUACUCAAAGGUUGAAAGCUCUGGUCAUAGAUGAAGACUAUGUUGUCCAACAAGAAGCAGAUGUUGAGUUUGAUGUCGAUUUACCGGAAUUCAGGACAUCAGGCGGUGUCAUCCGUGGAGAGGGUGGUGAGGUGACAGCUCCUCCGCUGUUGUGGGUGAAGGCACUUGACAUGGUCAUGGACAAACUUAUUGUGGAGGGUGUAGACUUUGCCAAUGUGGAGGCCUUGUCUGGCGCUGCUCAGCAACACGGCUCGGUCUGGUGGUCGAAGGGCGCAGAAGCUAGGCUCGCCAGUCUGUCGCCGGAGGAGUUCCUGCACACGCAUAUGGCAACGGCUUUCGUCGUGGAUUCUCCCGUGUGGAUGGAUUCCAGCACCUCGGCCGAUUGCCGCGCGCUCGAGGAGGCAGUCGGCGGGGCUGAGGAAUUAGCAAGAAUCACGGGCUCAAGAGCGUACGAGCGUUUUACGGGCGCGCAGAUACGGAAAAUGUACAGGACGAGACGGCGCGCGUACGACGCGACUGAGCGAAUCUCACUGGUGUCUUCGUUUGCGUGCUCUCUGUUCGUGGGCAAGGUGGCGCCCAUCGACCUGGCCGACGGCUCCGGGAUGAACCUGCUCGACAUCCACACCAAGCAGUGGUGUGCCAAGGCUCUGAAGGCGUGCGGCGACGACUCGCUCGCAGACAAGCUGGGCGCGCCGGUGGCCAGUGCGUCGUUGGUGGGGCCGGUGGCGGACUACUUCGUGCAGCGCUACGGGUUCCGGCCCGCCUGCAAAGUGGUCGCCUUCACCGGGGACAACUGCUCCGCGCUCGCCGGGCUGCGCCUGCGCGCCGGCAGCGUGGGGCUGAGCCUGGGCACGAGCGACACGCUGCUGCUGGGGCUGCGAGCGGCGCGCGCGCCGGCGGCGGGCCACGUGCUGGUGGCGCCGGCGGGCGCGCCCUACAUGGCGCUGCUGUGCUUCGCCAACGGCUCGCUCACGCGCCAGGCGCAGCGGGACCGCGUGGCCGGCCGCAGCUGGCGAGCCUUCGACGACCUGCUGCAGGCCACCGUGCGCGGCAACAUGGGCAUCAUGGGCAUAUACUACGACACGCCGGAAAUAGUGCCGAGCGCGGCGCCGCUGCGGCGCGUGGUGGACGGCGCCGGGCGCGCGCUGGAGCGGCCGGCGCCGCAGUUCGAGGCGCGCGCGCUGCUGGAGGGCCAGGCCUUGGCGCGCCGCGCGCACGCCGACGACACGGGGCUGGCGCUGGAUAAGUCUUCACGCGUGGUGGCGACGGGCGGCGCGUCCGUCAACAAAGCUCUGCUGCAGAUCUUUGCGGACGUGUUCAACACGCCCGUGUACGUGCUGGACUCGCACGCAAACGCCGCGCUACUGGGAGCCGCCAUCCGCGCCGCUGACGUGUGGAGCGAGCACACUGGCAUUCCACUCGCUGGCUCCGAGCCGGCCUUGUCCCCCGCAGCGCAGCCCUACCCCGACGCGGAGCGCAUCUAUGCGCCAAUGCUGCGCCGCUACCGCGACAUGCUACGGGACAUACCCGCGCUGCAGUAAAACACACACACACACACACACCCACACACACAAACACGAGAAAUUAGGUAUACUACACCAACUUGACGAUGCUUGUGUGUCCGCUGCACUGACCUCUAUUAUUGCCACUGUUAAGGCUGGUGUCACUUUAUUUUUGUCUCCCGUGGCUGUCUCCACGUUACGUAAACAGAUGGCGCCACAAGAAUCUCUGUGAUCUGAUAUAUGAACAAGGAAGAUCCUAUCGAAGUUUCCUCGAGCACAGCAUCAGCUCUGUAGUGGUGGAUGUUUCUAUUUGUAAUCGAAAUCGAAAAUAACGACCAUGGGUGCU